AGUGGCGGUGCCCGGCCCAGCCCAGCCCAGCUCAGCUCAGCUCGGCCCAGCCCGGCCCGGCCCAGCUCAGCUCGCCCGCCCACCUGCCAGGGAGCCCAGCGCCGCCGCAGCCAGGUGCUCUCAAGAUGCUGGAAUCCCGUCUAUGUGAACAUGGGAGGAGUCAUGUUUGCUGUGCUGCAAGUAGAAAGAUUCACUACAGAUAUGACUGGCUGGCUGCUCUGCUGCUCCUGUGCCCCAGCACUUGCUACCCUGUGAUUUCAGAUAACACACAUAAGAACACUUCUCUGCUGACUUUGGAGGCUUUUUCUAACUUCUAUGCAAACAUUGAAACUUCUGCAUGGAUGCCAACACUUGAAGUAGGACGCAAACCUUGUCUCUGAAAUUAUUCAGGUAAGAAACCAAAAGCAACCUGCCUUUAUUGAGUUCUCAAGAACAUAAUCGACCCCUUGGUACAUUAUCAAGAUGCAUUAGGAAACUGGAUACGGUGCCAAAAGAACUCCAUGCGUUUCCAUGACUUUCUUGAACCCUGAUUCAGAUACUUUUGGAUAUAUAUUUCUGUCCUAAGGAGAAGAGUGCGUACUCCGAUUCAUCUCUGCCAGCUUGCUGGCAGAGAUAUUUCACUAAGAUCAUGGACCAUCCUAAUAGGGAAAAGGAUGAAAGGCAGCGGACGACAAAAGGAAUGUCGGGAAGGAGUGGGCACGGUUCUCGACCAAGCUCAUCAGCAUCUUCUGGCGUUCUUAUGGUGGGACCCAACUUCCGAGUGGGCAAGAAGAUUGGGUGUGGGAACUUUGGAGAACUCAGACUAGGUAAAAAUCUCUACACCAAUGAAUAUGUAGCGAUCAAACUGGAACCAAUAAAAUCACGUGCACCACAGCUUCAUUUAGAAUACAGGUUUUAUAAACAACUUGGAAGUGUAGCUGAAGGGCUUCCCCAGGUGUAUUACUUCGGACCGUGUGGAAAGUACAACGCCAUGGUACUAGAGCUGCUUGGUCCUAGCUUGGAAGAUUUAUUUGACCUCUGUGAUAGGACGUUCACUUUGAAGACGGUAUUAAUGAUAGCCAUCCAGCUGAUAUCUCGAAUGGAGUACGUGCAUUCAAAGAACCUCAUCUACCGAGACGUCAAGCCAGAAAACUUCCUUAUUGGCCGGCAAGGCAAUAAGAAAGAGCAUGUCAUUCACAUCAUAGACUUUGGAUUGGCAAAGGAGUACAUUGACCCGGAAACCAAAAAACACAUACCUUACAGGGAACACAAAAGCUUAACUGGAACGGCAAGAUAUAUGUCCAUCAACACUCAUCUUGGCAAAGAGCAAAGUCGUCGAGACGACUUGGAAGCUCUUGGCCAUAUGUUUAUGUAUUUCCUCCGAGGCAGUCUGCCCUGGCAAGGAUUGAAGGCUGACACCUUAAAAGAGAGGUAUCAGAAGAUUGGGGACACAAAGAGAAACACUCCAGUUGAAGUUCUCUGUGAGAACUUUCCAGAGGAGAUGGCCACGUACCUCCGUUAUGUUCGGCGAUUAGACUUCUUUGAGAGACCAGACUACGAUUAUUUAAGAACCAUCUUCACAGAGCUGUUUGAAAAGAAAGGCUACACCUUUGACUACGCCUAUGACUGGGUCGGCAGGCCAAUUCCUACUCCAGUGGGAUCUGUUCAUGUAGAUUCUGGGACAUCUGCAGUAACAAGAGACAGCCACGUCCAUAGAGAUCGACCAUCACAGCAGGCCCUUCGCAAUCAGGCAUCAUCAGAUCGCCGAGGGGAGUGGGAGAUCCAGCCAAGCCGGCAGACGAAUACCUCAUACCUGACAUCUCAUUUGGCUGCAGAUCGGCAUGGAGGAUCAGUACAGGUGGUUAGCUCGACCAAUGGGGAGCUCAAUGUGGAUGAUCCAACGGGGGCACACUCCAACGCGCCAAUAACAGCGCAGGCAGAGGUGGAGGUGGUGGAGGAAGCUAACUGCCUGAAAAUGCUCAACUUGUGGUGCUGCUGCUUCUUUAAGAGGAAACGGAAGAAGACAGCUCAGCGUCAUAAGUGACCGGUGCCUCCUGGGCCUUGCAGGAACCAUCGCACCUGCAGCUCCUGCCCUGUCUCACUGGAAGGGGCUUCUCUUUAGGGGGGAUGAGGAGGCAUAGGAGGAAGAGAGAAAAAAAAAAGUGACAUUUUAAACCAAAAAGAGAAGAAAACGUUCCAAAACAAACCACUCUGGAGUGGAUGUGCUGAAUGGUCUCCCUCGUUCACUCCAAGCCUGAAGCUCCUUUGGGACCAGGACUGUGGCUGGCUCAGGUCUUGGUCGCCCUGGGAGGGGGGCUGGCUGGCUGACCCUUCUUCCCAUUGUUUACGGUGAAGGCAUUGUUCACGCAAACCUGAGGACUGUGCUUAGUUCCUGCUCACUUUCCUCCCCUCCCUCUCCUGCACACUCUGCUCUUCCAUCCUCCUCCCUCCUUAAUUAAGCAAAGAAAUACCAUAGGCUUGAUUGGCUGUCCAGAGGGCAGGAGGAUGUGGUGUGGGCAGGAGAGUUGCAUGGGAGAAGGGCCUGACUGCUGUGGCAGUAAGAGACAGGUUCCCUUUUCGGCUCCUUGGGAACAGUUACACUGUAAUGCGCAAGCUGUGAGAAAUUUGCAAUCUACUGUUCCAGUUAGGGUUUUUUUCCGGCUCCCUUGACACCUCCCUCCUCUGACAGUAACAGAGCAAUGUGGAUUGUUUUAAAGAAGCUGACGUCGUUGCACUUUUUAUUAUUUUUAGCAUUUACAGAUGCACAUUGUAUCUGUGGAUCUCUGCAUGGCCACACGGUGCCAGUGCAGACAGACAUUCAGCUGGGAAGAUGGUGGGGUGCACAGAAUGCCCUCGAGUGGGGAUGUCAAUGACAUCCGCAUGACCCUUGUGCCAGUCUGGGGUUCCUGACACCUGCCUGGGGCCAUGCGCUGAGGAAAGCAUACUUGAAUUUUCAAUCACCCUUUCUAGCUGCCAGUGACUGUCCCUACCAUGGUUUCCUACACCGUGCCUGACCCAACGGACCGGGAGAUGUAAGGCCAUAACCUGGCGUUGGCAGGAGGGAGCAGCAUCAGCUUUGCUGGGCUGGAGGAGUUUGUGCUGGAUUAAGAGGUAGAACUGGAUUAAGCUAACUGGUAGGCAGCCAUUUCCCAAAGCGUAGGUGUUUCUCGGUGUGGGCAACUGGGCAGCCUUCUGAAGUCCCUCCAGUAGGGUGGUUGUGAGCAGGUACCUUCUGCAAGAAAACAUUAGCAGGAGCAAAGGUUCCCCAGCAGAGGAGAGGAUACUUCACUGCCUUAACACUGAUUUCAUCUCCAGAUGGUCAGAUAGGUUUGACUGGAAUAGCCUUCACAUUCUCUCUGCGAGUGUGUGCCUGGAGCAUGUGAGACACCAUCCUGCCCCACGGGAGAAGCCACAGUUCUCAUGCACCGCUUUUGAGCCAAACCUAUAGCUAGCAAAGGCCUUGGGGUGCCUAGCACAUGCGUAAGAAGAAAUCUUGCAUCUUGCUGCAGCAUUUCCAAACUGUGAGGAGGCUGGGGCUGCCCAGGUGUUACUGUAGACGUGGCAGGGCUGUGGGACAGCUUGAGCAGCUUUUGGGGAGGUUGUGAACAGGUUCCUUGUACUUUGUCUUUCCACGUCUGACACCUGACCAGGCUGGGACUGUUCAUUUGAGGGACUUUGCUUGUCAUAAACAUGGGCCUGGCUCACCCCAAAAAUCCCAGAGAGCGUGAAGGGAGGAAAGGGAGAGACUAGAUCUCAUUAUCUUUGAUGUUUUUUUUAAUGAUGAUCUGCGUAGCUUGGAGUUUGUGGAGCAGCAGUCCUGGGGUGUUUGGUUCCCCUGGCUGCAUAGAAGCGGACUUAGAGGGCAGGAAAUCAUCCUGGGCAGGGAGCUUCUGGGCUUGCUCUUGUGCAUCCCAAAAGCAGGCAGACGCUGGUGCAGUGCCAGGGCAGAAAAGCCCCGCUUCCUUGCUGGGAUCCCCAUAGGGUGUCUCCACCACCAUCCACUGCAUUCUCUCCAUGCCUUAUCCUGACAAGCACCACUAGGAGACGCGUGUACCCCCCUUCUCGUGCGGCCAGGUGCUUUCCUCGAGCCAUACUGUGGGCUGGGGCAGGAAGGGGGUGGCUCACUUCCCACAGCACAUGCUGAGGCACUUGGCCCACGCAUCCCCUCCUGUCGGAGGACAGGGACUGUGGCCACGUUCUGCCCUUCUUUUUCUGAACUCCGCUGCUGCCAGAAGGCCGGUGUCUCUGGCACAGGCAUUGCCCUCUCUGUUGUAGGAAACCAUGGUUUGGCAUCUUGGGAGGGGGGGAAAGGGGCACAGGUGCUCCCUGGGGAGCAGUCCUGCCUGCUGCAGAUGAAGUCAUGCCCUGAGACACUUCUGUUGCUGCCCUCCCAAGCCCCACUAAGUGCCUGUCACCAGAACUCGAUUCCUUCUGCAUCUCCUGCCAUGUUUGGUCAUUCCUCGCUGUCUCCAGUCAAGGAGCAGCUUGUAGUUGCAGCAUAUGUAAGUGUUUGCAGGGUGAGGGAGGGCAAGGGUGGGAAAGGGGCCAUCUCAACAGUUUUUGUUCUUAAAUGGGGGGGGUGUUUGUUUGGGUUUUUUUAUUUUUAUUUUUAAAGUGAAUGUAUUUGAUUGUUUAGAAACUUUCCUGACCUUGUUUUUAAGUGGGUUGGUUUGAAAGCUAUUUCACGGUGACCCACUACCGCUUCUCUCUGGAGAUAUGAUGUUCUUUUAAUCCUACAAUGAUGUGUUUGUAGGGGAGGACUGUCCCCCCACGGCAUGCUGGUAAUGCUCACUUGUACCAAGCCCUCUUGCACUAUAAUCGUAUGUUGGACUCUUCAAAAGGGCAAAGAUGUGGGGUGGCAUUUUUAAAAAAAAAAAAAAAAAAAAAGAAAAUAAAGCAGGUUAACAGCAAGUCCUGUGCUUGAGGAAACUGCUGUCCCCAGGGAGCCUGGAGGUGACUAGGAGACGCAAGGCAGACUGAGCCAGCCAUGCUGUGGUAGGAAGCAGGGCAUUAAGCCUACCUGGGCAAACUCUCCUCUCCUCACCAGAAGUUGUUAGCAGCUGGGAGACCCCAGGGGUGCCAGGGGAGGGCUCUCAGGCCUGCACGUCAGGGGGCACCCAGUGCUGUACUGGCCUCCGCGAUGUAGCUGUCCCAUGGUGUGGCCCACCAACGUUGCGAUGCAGUCUUCUGAGGUAUCAAGUGAGAUGAUUAUUUUUUUUCAAUAAAACAUUGCACUGCAUUGUUCUCCA